AUUUAUCGGAACUAGUUAACUCUGUAUUCAAAGUUGUGUCAGUUCUGCGUUCUCUAAUCACCGCACAUCAUUAGCGAUCAUGGACUCAUGGUAUGCGCGCGCAGUACCGGUCUGCGCUCCUGCGCGUGAGUUGUUUUAUUGCAAUACUUUACAACGACUAGUUUUAAAGACGUGCAGUGGGAAAAAGCGGACGAACAAAAAGUGUACAGACUACUUUUAGUAAUGUGAAGAUGUUCAUGAAGAGACUUUUAAGUGAUUAAUAAAUAUAAAAUAACUUAUAGAAACUAAAAUGUAAGUGAGCUCAAACUAAGUUUUACAAGUGGAUAUAAAAGUUGUCAACAAAGUUUUGAUGUUUAGCAGUGAGACUACAAAUGAUUAAAACGUUUAGAACACUUAUUAUGACAGUUAUGUGAACUAUGUGAUUUAAGAAUUAACUAUGUAUUUUGUCAUUUUAAUGGUGCUAGUGUCCGUUUGUGGAAGAGAUAUUUCACAAAAUUUUAAUAAUGAGCCAUGUCAAGAAAGAUUUGAACGGCCAUUUGUCAAUCCACUUGCAGAACCUAAUCUUAGGAAUAGACAUGAAAGUGUCAACUUUAAUAUACAAAAUGGGCAUGUGAACUUAAACCAACAUGAACAACUUCAUAGUGACAGUAAUGUCAGGAGAUUGAGCGCAAAUCCGAAUGAAGAUCAUAAUCAUGAGAAUCUAAAUAGCCAAAGGCAAUUUCAUGAAACUAAUAAUAGAGAAACAUUUUCUUAUGACAGAAAUGAGAGAAAUAGCAACAAAAAUCCAAAUCAAGGUAUACCUUAUGGGCAAUUUGAACCAAAUAACAGAGAUUUCAUUUCUAAUGAUAGAAAUAGCAGAGGUUAUAACGUCAAUGCAAAUUCAGGUCACUCUCAUGUAAAUUUUAACGAGCGUGAACAAUUUAAUACGCAAAAUAAUAGAGGUUUAAGUGAUAAUGGCUAUGGUAAUGUAAAAUACAAUAGCGAAGCCCGCUCUCAUGAUAACACAGGAAGCAUGGAUAUCAACAUGGCUUUUGAUAGACGGGGUAAUCUAAAUAGACGUGAACAAAGCAAUUUGAACAUACCACGUCAAAGUUUUAAUAUCAACAAUGAAUACUCUAAUAGAGAUGUCACUAAUAAUAGAAACAACAGUAUGAAUAGUAACAGAGAUGAAAAAUACAAUCAAAAUGUUUUAAAUGCCCGCAAGCAACAAGAUGAAAUGACAAUGGAUAAUUAUAACAAAGAAACACAAAAUAACCAUGGAAGUCCUAACAAUCAAAGCGACAACGGAUUAAUUUCGUUUCUAAAUAAUCUAAGUAACAAUACAAAUCAAAACAGAAACCAGAAUACAAAUAGAAACAACCACAGAAAUUCAGGAUUCAGACAAAUAGAUCAAAGACCGAAAACGGUAAUAGAAAACGAAGUAACAGAGAUCCCUUUGGGUAGCGAGGACAAAGGAAACGUGACUAUGGAUAAAGACGAAUGGGUAUGGGGUAUAGAGGAAACUACUACGAUGUCCCCAGUGACUUUGGACGACAGGGCAGCUUUCAGUGGGGACCACUGUCCGACUGGCUAUGCGAGGUUUAAGGGAAUGUGUGUACCUGAAGAUUAGAUAGAGAUUUGUUUUGCCCACCUGCCUUAAGAUGGAGGGCGAUAUUCGCGUGAUAAUUCGGCUACUAUUCACCUGUCAGGGUAUUAGGCAACAUAUUUUUGUGACAGAUGAGUAAAGUUUUGUUUUUCUGCGUAUGUCUAAUCCAUGUCGUUCCUAUGUUUACGUGAAUAAUGAAUCAAAUCAUGCACCUGUACUAGAAAAUCGAUAAAAAGUCAAUAAGAUGAUACUAAAUAUACAUACUAUUGAAAUGUAUUCUAUGUAAGCUGAAUACGAAUAAGUGUGGCUGCCCAUGUGAAGGGCCUGUUUAUACAUUGAUUACUAUUUAUUUCAAAUUGAAAUAGAUAUCAUACUUUAAAGAAAAAGUGACCAAGUCCACCGGUAGCCGAGGCGGUAAUCGAACCUGCGUGUUCAGCUUACGCGUUUAACGUCCUGACCACUAGACCACCCGGCCACGCCGGCCUGGUUAAUUGCAUGUGCGGACGGUUGAGAAAAUUGAUUCUUUACCAAUUUGCGGUUCAAGUAAAUUUGCUUGUACAUAUGUUAACAGCACCAGUCAUGGGACAUUUAAGAGGAAAUUUGGAGUAUUUUGAUAUUUAACCGGCACCUGUAUAUUUUCUAUCCUAAUCGUCCUUUACGUUUUCAAUGUAUUUAAUGAAAGAUACUCCUAUUGGUUUCAGUAUUAUUGACGAAUGUAAACUAUGUUUUUUUGCUCCAGUCAGUCAUUUUAAAACAGAGACAAAUCAAUGAAACAUCAAACUUAAGCAGCUCUUAUUUAUGGUAAAAUAUUGCCAGCGAUUAAAAACAGAACUGAUGGUAAAUACUUAUUUUACUGGAUUUGCCUAUACCAUCCCAUUACCGGGGCCUGUUCCAUUAUAGGGGUGUUUACUAUACUUAUGCUUAGAGCUGUCCAAUGUACAGCAGUAACCGUAAACUGCUAAAGAAUCGAUUUCCUUGACUGUCCAUUUGUCAAAUUUGUGUUUUGGGCAAAAUCCUACACAGAUCCUCCUAGCUCCAAACUAAACAAAGCUUGUUCUAUUGGUACUAGGCGACGUUAUACAUACUUAAAUAAAUAAAUACAUACAUAAACAUGUUUAUUUAGUCACCUGCAACAAUUUAAUAAUAUAUAGGUCAUUCUGAGCAACUUUUACUAUGGGACCAACCACGAAAUCACGAAAAAAACUCCCAUAGAAAAUGUCAAGUUCAGACAGCCAAUAUGAACAGCCAUUUUUUUUCCGCAAUUUCGAGAUAGGACCCAUAGCAGGGAUCGGAAACCGGUAUUUUUUGUAUGGGAACGAAAACGGUAUUUUUUCGUUCUUUGUUAAUUACUUCAUUUCUAAUUAGGCAAUCUAAUAAUACGAAGUCGUUAUCUGAAAACACAACUGAGUCCCACAUUUAGAGUAUAAAAUAAACCGAAAUAUAUGGUUAUUUCGAUGUUUUUGCAAAAAACCGGUUCCGAUCCCUGACCCAUAGUAAAAGUUGUUCAAUAUGACCUAUAUAUUCACCCCGUAAAUUAUUGCAGGUGACUAAAUAAACACCUGUAUACAUAGAAAACACCCAUGACUCAGGAAGAAAAUACCCGUGUUUAUCACACAAUUAAAUGCCCUUACCGGGAUUCGAACCCGGGACCAUUGGCUUUAUAGGCAGGGUCACUACCCACUAGGCCAGACCGGUGGAUAUCUUCAGUCGACUUGCGUUUAGUGACAAAUGUAGCCACACAUAUUCGUCAUGACCUUAUCUUAUAAGCAUAUUAAUAUAUCGUUAUUCGAAUGCUUAUUGAAAUUACAUAUUGUUAAUGUUU